UUUUGAAAUUAUACAAAGAUUUAUUAAGAUACGGCCAAAAUCUGAAAUUUACUGACAAAGACUAUUUCUGCAAGCGAAUUCGUCGUGAAUUCCGCAAAAAUCGCGACCUCGCAGACGAAUCGGCCAUCAGUUUCAACUUUGAGAAAGGAAUAGUGCUGCUUGUACGACGUGCCGUCCAAUGAUUAACCGAGCUCGUCUCAUUUUUAGUAUAGUUAGAUUCAAACAUAUCGAUUAUUCAAAGGUGCCCCAACUCGUUGAAAGUGAGUUGGAGGAGCAACAUGUAAGGGGCUCCGGCCCUGGAGGACAAGCUACCAAUAAAACAUCGAAUUGUGUCGUGCUUAAACAUAUUCCGACAGGGGUUGUCAUCAAGUGUCACGAAACCAGAUCUUUGGAACAAAACAGAAAAAAAGCACGGCAGUAUUUAGUCACAAAACUUGAUAAUUUGUUAAAUGGGGAUCAAAGUGUUGAGGCACAAAUGAAGGAAAUUGAAAAAAAGAACAAAUUAAAUAAAGAGAGAAAAAGGGAGAAAUUGAAUCAAUUGAAAGCCGAGUGGAAAAAACGUGAAAAUAUAGAGUAACUGUUAUUUUUUAUGAGGUAAUUUGCUUGCGAAAUAAACUAAAAGGGGAA